AUGGAAUUUGAAAUUGUUAAAGAUGAUGAAAAUGUUGCUACUGUAACUUCUAUACCUGAAUCAAUCGAAAUAGAUGAAAGUAUACUCGUUGUGGGUCAUGAUGUGGGUCAUGAUGUUGGUCAUGAUAUUGGUCACGAUGAUACUGAUGAGGUUCUUACAUCGAUGAAUGACGGUGGAACUCUUGAAGACAUAUGGAAUCACCAUUUGUAUUCUCUACGACAAUAUACUAGCGAUCAGGAUCCAUGCCAAGUUGUUUCGUUACCUAAUGUUUUCGAUCAUAUUGAUGCUCAAGCUAUAUUACAUCCUAAUCAUCAACCUAUAAUGCAACUUAACUUGGAUCAAAUGAUUGGUGUUUAUAAUAUAUCUCCUGAACCCUCAGAACCAAAUUCUCCUAAUAUGGAGUGGUACGAUAAUAAUAUUUUACCGCCUGAUACAAUCACUCAACAAACUCAAAACUUGCAAUUCCCAAUGUCUAACUCUUUGAGCCCAGGAAUACAUGGUGCU